AUGAUAAAUGCUUCGUCAAUUGAAUUGCAGACAGUGGGUAUGGGGUUGAUUGAUGUAAUGAGAUGGGGAUGGGUUGUGGUGGUUUGUGAGAUUAGGAGAAUGGUUAUUAUUUCUUGUAGAAUGAGAUCUGAAGAGAGAGAGAGAGAGAUGAGUGCAGAUCAAUUCUAUGCCAUGAAUGGAGGAGAUGGAUAUCAAAGCUAUGCAAAGAAUUCAUCUUUUCAAAAAGGAGCAAUUGAGGUUGCGAAAGAAAUCAUCGAAGAAGAAAUUAGAAAUAAACUUGACACAGAAAAGCUCUCUUCAUCUUCCACAAAUAUCAUUUGCAUUGCGGAUUUCGGGUGCUCUACAGGACCUAAUACAUUCCAUGCAAUGCAAAUUAUAGUUGAAACAAUAAAGAAAAAAAUUGAAAAACAAUUAUCAGUUUCUCAUCAGAUGCCUGAGUUUCAGGUUUUCUUUAAUGACCGGAUCUCCAAUGAUUUCAAUACACUUUUUGCUUCUCUUCCACAAGACAGACAAUACCAUGCAGCCGGAGUUCCCGGUUCAUUUCACGAUUGCCAGUUCCCUAAGGCGUCACUUCACUUUGCUUAUUCGUCUUUUACACUCCACUGGCUUUCUGAGGUGCCUCAAGAGGUGGCGGAUCCCUUAUCUCCUGCAUGGAAUAAAGGGAAAAUUUUGUAUUAUGGCGAUAAAAAUGAAGUUUUCAAUGCUUAUGCAGCUCAGUUUGCAAAGGAUUUGGACUCAUUCUUGAAAGCAAGGGCACAAGAAUUGGUUUUCGGAGGGCUAAUGGCACUACUUGUUUGCUCUGAGUCGAAUCAUACUAAGAACAUCUCUACUAUCACUUUUCCGUCAUUCGAACUUUUGGGUUCUUGCCUUAUGGACUUGGCUAAGGAGGGACUGUUUGAUACGGCUAAAGUAGACUCAUUCAACAUGCCUCUGUAUUUCCCAACUCCUAAUGAAUUGAAAGCCUUGAUUGAAAAACAUAAAGAUUUCAGUAUAGAAAGAAUGGAGAUACUUAGCAAUCCACCAAAGCGUUUCACUACUCCGGACUCCAAAUCAUUUGCCAUGUUCCUAAGAGCAUGGAUUGAGGGACUUCUACGGACUCACUUUGGAAACGCAGUCAUGGAUAAAUUGUUCAGGAGAUAUGAACAAAAAGUUGAAGAGUCUAAACUUCUAUCAAAUCCUAAUGAGAAUUCUAUGAUGACAUUUGUCCACCUCAAGUGCAAACGGAUUACUUGA